CUGGGACCCUGCAGGCCCUGGCGGAGCGAGCGGGACACGUGCCCGGCUGCCGGGCGAGCAGCCCCUGCCUUGGGACAGGCGCCUGGGAAUCACGCCCGAGGCGCUUUUGGUUCCGUAGUGCCCAGUCUGCAGCAGGAAACACCCUGCAAUCUAAUGUGACCCCCCCGCCCCCGCGUGUGCAGAUUUAAACACACAAAUCCCCACCCUGGCAGGCUCCCGCUCGCCUCGCGGAUGGGAAAUCGCCUGCCCUUCGGCGCGGCGACUGGGAAUCACCCCUUCUCUCCUCUCCGCUGGGCUGAGCUCAGAGGAAGGAGGGAGGGGGAAGGGUUUCACUUCCGCCUGCUUGCAGGAACCACAAGCCCCCAGAAUAUAUUAUAAUAAUAAUCUAGAUAAUUUUUUUUUUUGAAAAUAAAGAAUCCCACCGGCCCGAGCAAUGUGGAGCAGAUGAGCCCUCCGAGAUCCUGCAACGCCUCAAGAGAGAGCCGGCAAAGAAGCUGGAGCAUCCCUGAGGAAGCGUCUGGGCUGCUCGCCUCCUCCUGCCAAGCGGCGACGGGCAAAGCCAGGGAGAGGAAACGCUCCCUCCCCAGCACAGAAAAGGCGAGAGAGAAGGAGGCUGUGAGGGCUGCUGAAGAUGUCCGAUAGUCUGGAUAUUGAAGAGAAACCUCCAGCCCCUCCGCUGAGAAUGAACAGCAACAAUCGUGAUUCUUCAGCACUGAACCACAGCACCAAACCGCUCCCCAUGGCCCCAGAAGAGAAGAACAAGAAGGCCAGGCUGCGCUCCAUCUUCCCAGGAGGAGGGGAUAAAACCAAUAAGAAGAAAGAGAAAGAGCGUCCUGAGAUCUCUCUUCCUUCAGAUUUUGAACAUACGAUUCAUGUGGGGUUUGAUGCAGUCACCGGGGAAUUCACUGGAAUUCCAGAGCAGUGGGCCAGGCUGUUACAGACCUCCAAUAUAACAAAACUAGAGCAAAAGAAGAAUCCACAAGCUGUUUUAGAUGUUCUCAAAUUCUACGAUUCCAAAGAGACAGUUAACAACCAGAAAUACAUGAGCUUUACUUCUGGAGAUAAGAGCGCCCACGGAUACAUAGCAGCCCAUCCUUCGAGCACAAAAACUGCAUCAGAACCCCCUUUAGCUCCCCCAGUUUCAGAAGAAGAGGAUGAAGAUGAUGAAGAAGAAGAAGAUGACAAUGAACCUCCACCUGUUAUUGCACCACGACCUGAGCAUACAAAAUCAAUCUACACUCGGUCUGUAAUUGAACCUGUUGCUGCACCAGCCUUAGUUAAAGAGGCUUUGACCCCUCAGCCUGAGAACUCAAACACAAACACUUUGUACAGAAACACGGACCGGCAACGAAAAAAAUCCAAGAUGACGGAUGAAGAGAUCCUAGAGAAAUUGAGAAGCAUUGUGAGUGUUGGUGACCCUAAGAAGAAAUAUACACGAUUUGAAAAAAUUGGUCAAGGGGCAUCGGGUACUGUUUAUACAGCAAUAGACAUUGCCACAGGACAAGAGGUGGCCAUAAAGCAAAUGAAUCUCCAGCAGCAGCCUAAAAAGGAACUAAUUAUUAAUGAAAUCCUGGUCAUGAGGGAAAAUAAGAACUCUAAUAUUGUAAACUAUUUAGACAGCUACCUGGUAGGUGAUGAACUUUGGGUAGUUAUGGAAUACUUGGCAGGAGGCUCUUUAACGGACGUUGUUACAGAGACCUGUAUGGAUGAAGGACAGAUAGCAGCUGUCUGUAGGGAGUGCCUGCAAGCGCUGGACUUCUUGCAUUCAAACCAAGUGAUCCAUAGAGACAUCAAGAGUGACAACAUUCUUCUCGGGAUGGAUGGAUCUGUCAAAUUGACUGAUUUUGGGUUUUGUGCUCAGAUCACACCUGAGCAGAGCAAACGGAGCACAAUGGUGGGGACUCCCUACUGGAUGGCACCUGAAGUAGUGACAAGGAAAGCAUAUGGCCCCAAAGUUGACAUCUGGUCAUUAGGGAUCAUGGCAAUAGAAAUGGUGGAAGGAGAACCCCCGUACCUUAAUGAAAAUCCUCUCAGGGCUUUGUAUCUGAUAGCUACUAAUGGAACCCCAGAACUUCAAAAUCCUGAGAGACUCUCUGCUGUGUUCCGAGACUUUCUGAACCGCUGUCUGGAGAUGGACGUAGACAGACGAGGGUCUGCCAAGGAGCUUUUGCAGCAUCCAUUUUUGAAAUUAGCCAAGCCUCUCUCCAGCCUGACUCCUCUCAUCAUUGCAGCAAAGGAAGCAAUUAAGAACAGCAGCCGCUAGCAUUGUGGACUGGCUUUACCCCAGGCCAGCUCCCUCCAGAGCAGGACUGAACAAAACUCUGUAAAACCUCAAUUCUUGUGCUGCAGGACAGGCAGACAUAAGGACAAACAAACAGUCACAGUCAUGAUGGAGGCCAGCUGUUUUCCAGCUCUUCGAGGACUAGAAACCUAACACGUGUCUUCUUCCUGCUCUCUGAUUCCUUGAUUUAUUUCUCAGAUGAAACAGGGCCCAAAACCAAGCUGCCAGGCCAGAAAUCGCCUUGUUGUCUCAGCCAUCUCCAAGGUCAAACAAACUCAGUAGCGAGACUCCCAGUGACCAUCCUAUGCAUUUCACUUUUAAAUGAUUGGUUGGUUCUUAAAGAUUCACAGUCACUUUUCUGAGUUUUUUGGUUUGGUUUGGAAUGGAAGAAGGGUCCUCCUGCAUUGAGAAACCUCCUCCAGGCCGAGUUGUCUUUUGAAUACAACCCAUUCGCUAGUAUUUGCCCAUUCAUGGUACUGUUAGAUGAGAAGGAUGAAAGUGAAGGUGCUUUUCCAACCAAAAUUAAAUAGCCCGCCGAGCAGGAAUCGCAUCCUGCUGAGAUAUACCCUUUUAGCUGUGAACAUCCAGAGUUUGGGUCCUUCACAGCACAAUGUGUGCAAUUAACAAUGGUACUUUUGCCUUGGUGAGGUUCUUGUAAACUGAAAAGCGGAACAGGCAGCAAGUUUGUUCAGAAAGGACUCGUCUGAUAUAAAGCUGUAAUAAAAAUGGCAGCCCAGUCUUACUAGGUGCUGAAUCUCUCCUCCAAAGUGCUCAGCACACAACUUCCCCGGCAGUGAGCUGGAAGGGCACUCCCCUGAAGGGAACUGAGGACGCUCAGCCCCUUUGCAGACAGGAGGCACUCAGUGCCCUGUGGGAUUACACCAGCUGUUCAUAGCAUGAGACCCUAACCAACAGUAGGCUAAAAUCUGCUAUCAGCUGCCUCCACGCCAAUGCAGCCCUAUUUAUACUUGGGUUUGUACCGAUGUAAUGGAGGGGCAGAAUUCAGCCUAGCGAUUCUGUGAACUGAGUUUGCCCAUCCUCUUGGCCGGGUCGUGACUGCUGAAAAGGGACAGGUAGCGUCUGUAAAAUUCCCAGUCAAUUAGGGACCCCAGUGCUCUAAACUGUUACUCCGGUGAGUGCCCCUUAGUCAUGUGAAUAAUCCUAUUGAACUUGUUGGGGCUACUCCAGUGAGUAGGAGUUUGCACGAUUUCGUUCUGCAUGAGCUCUCUGCCAAUCCAACAAAAGAGGGUGGAGAAAAUGUAUUUAAACUAGAGGUUUUGUAGUGCCAGGUGAAGGGAGGGAAAGAGAAAUGCAGAAUAGCGUACAUAAAUACUCUUAGGCCAUAAACUGGGUCAGCAUUUAACUCUCCCCUCAAUGCAUGCACCAAACUCGCCUUAAUGCUGGUAUGUAUAUAUCGAGGGGAGAAUAAUUGCUGGAAAUGACUGAGGAUUGUACUGGCUAGUAAAUUUAUUUGUAAAGGAGCAGAAUAGUAUAACUAAACAAUUCGUAUUAUGUGAAGAGGACAGACCUGGUUGGCUUUCACUUCGCAAAAUAACGUGUACGGAAUAUUUGCUGCUGGAUUUUAGGGUUAAGACUGCAUUUAAAAAUCAAAGCCCUUUGAAACAACAGUAGGAUAUGGGGUAUUGGUAGUGGGGAGCCUGCCUCUGUAAAAAUAAUAAUAAACCCUCGAAUGUAGCUCAAGGUGACUUCACAUUUAGUUUCUGAUACUUCAAGGAGCUGAGCAUUCCUCAGAGGUGCUAAGUAUCCUCAACUCGUAGUUAGUAAGAGUUAAGGGUGCUCAGCCCUUUCCUGGAUUAGGCCUUGAGCCUUUGGCUUUGGAUUUUAGUCAGAUCUUUGGGUUGUGACUUUCAUUAAUAUUGCCAACUGGCUGGCCCUCAUUAUUUGUCCACUUCAGUUUCUGUGGGGCUUGACUGAGGCAGUGUUUAUUAGUUUACCAUACUCAGCUGUUAAUUAACUUUCCCCAGUCUCCUGGGAUGCAGAACAAGUUUUUGCUUUUGUUUUAUGCCCAAAUAAGUAAAGAUCCUUUUUCUGCAGUGGGGUCAUUUUUGUCUUUGUCAACUCAGGUUAGACAUCUAGGGGAUGGGAGUUUAGGCUUCUUUGAAAAUCCAGUGAUUCAAACUCAUGAAGGCCCAACCUUAUUUUGUAAAGCAUCAGUCGGAAUGAAAUGAAUUUAAAUUCCACACAAGAAGUAAAAGGGCAAGUGACAGUUUCUAUUUCCAGGGUAGCUUUUUCUUUUCUUUAUAUCUACAAAGCUGUGGACAUCCAUCCCUUGAAAGGAAAGCACUUUCUGUGGAGCAUUUCUGGUGGACAUCCAGGACAAAUCUUUUUGGGGGGAGGUUAUGCUAUUCAAUUUGCUCUGAGUUUUUUCCACGGUUGUUUUUUUCAGCUAUAAAUAUUUUGCCUUUUUAUCCCAGCUCCACCCUUCAAAGAAAGAAUUUAAAAAGGUAUAAUCAAAGAUAUACGCUUCAGAACCAUUUGUGCUCCAGUGUGUGAAAUAUUGUAGACACUGGCUUUUUAAAUGCAACUGCUUUAAUAAGAGGCCUUAAUUUUUAUUUUAUUUUUAUUGUAAAAAUAUUUUAUUUUGCAGCAGCAAAUCCAGAGAUUUUACUUUUUAAAAAAAUUCCAAGCAUGCCGACAAGAUUCAAUAGAAAUCCAGUUCCUGCCAGUGAUUGCAACCAGCGCACAAGAUAUAAUUGCCCAGCUGAGUACUCUGUAAAAGGGACCAAUUACUUUAUGUCCCUUUUUAUAAGGGACUAGUAGCAUUCCUAAAGCUCUUCACUGGGGAGAGUCUGUGGCACUAAAUGCUACAAGGCAGUGGAUGCAGAAAGAUAGGAGCUGCUUUUAUGUCCUCCUGAAUUUGGAGGCAGACUUGGAAGUGGAAAACAAUCCUGAAAGAGACAGGCCUUGUGUGUAAAUUAUGGAAUUGAAAAAUAGCACAUCAGGAUAGGCAUUGCCUUUGCAGAACAAAAAAGAUAUAAACAAUCAGAUAAGUCUGUGGUACCAUCUCGUUUAUUGAGAGCCAUCCCUGGUUUAGGCAAUUAUUUAUAUAUAUUUUAAGGAGUAUUAGAGAGAAGCUAAAAGAAAAGGAGUACUUGUGGCAACUUAGAGACUAACAAAUUUAU